AUGGACCUUGAUACUUUCCUCAACAAGAACAACAAGAAGAGCUCGAAGAAGGUGGGCAAAAAGUCCGCAGAUGACGCAGCUCUUGGCGGUUUCGGGCUGGAGACGGUGCCGCGGGUGAGCACCACGGCUGCGAAGCCCAUUACAGUGGUGAACACCGGUGGCAGCGACGCCUCAGCGGCUGCUGGCACCGCAUCGCCACUUCCAGCCCCUGAGAAGACCGUCGCAGCGCCAGUGGUUGCUGUGAGCCUCAACUUCGCCAGCACCACGCGCAGUGCAAAGACGUGGGACGCCGUGAAGGCGUCGCAGGACUCGAAACGUCAGGAAGAAGUGCAGGCGGUGGCGGCGCAGAAGGCCAAGGAGGAGGCCGAGGCAGCGGAGAGAAAGGCCGCUGCUGGUGGCGACGACAAUGAGGCGCAGUCGCCUGAGAGCUCCCCGAAGGAGACCAAGGUGGCGAAGUUUGUCGCACGCGGUCACCGCAAUGCCACCGGCGUUAUUGGCGGAGGAGAGGGCGGCGCUGCCACCGCUGUGAGCAACCGCUUCGCGCCGCGCACGCAGGGGCUGAGUCUGGAGAAUCUGCCGACACUCGAGGAAACCUUCGGCAACGCACGCAAGCAGUCACAAUCGACGCCUUCGCAGUCGCAGCAGCAGCAGCAGCCCAUGCCACUGCCCUCUCAGGCGCAGAACGGCGAGUCCGCUCCGGCGGCGACUCCGCAGGAAUCGUUCAGCUCAUCUCCGACCUCCGCCACGGUGGUGGCGGGCAGCAACAAGUACGUACCUCCGAGCAAGAGCAGCGGCACAAUGGAGGCUUCGACGACUUUGUCGUCAUCACCGACGGCCGCGCGUGGUAGCGCUGGUGGCUCCUCGGCUGGCGCUUGUUGCCCUCCUUCCGGCAGCAGGAGUGUGUACAAGCCCCCCAGCACUGGUGCCUACAGACCGCCGAGCACGUCUGGUGGCGAGGUGUACAAGCCGCCGGCGCCGAGUGCUCCCAGCAGCGGUGCUGGGGCCUACAAGCCCCCUACCCCUGGCGGCAUGGCUGCCGGGGCGUACCGGCCGCCUGCCUCGACCGGUGAGGCGUACAAGCCCCCGGAGCCGGCCACCGCAGCGCCAUCUGCCGGUGUAUACAAGCCUCCGAGCAGCGGCGGUGCUGGUGUCUACAAACCGCCGAGCGCUGGCACCAGCAAUGCUGGUGCAUUCAAGCCAUUUACUGCCACUGGUGUCUCUGCUGACACAUACAAGCCGCCUGUUGCUGGUAGCGGCAGCAGUGCUGGUGCAUACAAGCCACCUAGCGCCGGGGGGUCGACUGGCGUCUACAAGCCGCCGAGCAAGCGCGAGGCAUAG